AUGGUUUCUGUAUUUGGUUAUUUCGUCUGCCUACUUCUAGCUCAAGUGGCGCUAGCGAUUAAUGCCAAUCAAACCUCAGCAGCUGACGAGACCGAAGCUGCAGUCUCGCGUGUUAAAAGAUGCUGCUCACAGAUGUCCGCAAACUGCUGUCCACAGGCGACGCUUGCUUGUUUCGAUGCGUGCAAGGGUCAAUGCGUUCCACAAUGUAAGACGCAGUACUGCAUUACUGGAUGUAUCAGCACAUGCUCAAGUGUUUGCUCAGUUCCUGCUCAAAUUCAAACUCCACCACCAAUCCAGACAUUACCUCCGAUGACACUUCCACCUAUCACAUUACCACCGAUCACUCUACCACCGACAACUCUACCACCACCACCACCACCACCACCACCACCUACUCAACCACCACCACAACCGAUCAUCGUCGUACUUCCACCGCCGUCGAAAGCUCCGGAAGCUUGUCAACCAACUUGUCAACAGUCGUGUCUCGUCUCCUGCCCCACACAGAUUUGCUUCGACGUCUGUCUGAAGAAGUGUGAUACUGUUUGCCAAACAUGUUGCAUGCCAGCCGCUGCACCACCAAUGCCACCAAUGCCGCCAGUGCCAACGCUGCCACCACCGCCACCACCACCACCACCAACCACUACUACUACUAUAGCCACAACUUUUGUACCGGCACCAGUCAUGCAGUGUAUCUCUUUGUGUCUUCAACCGUGUGAAAUGCAAUGCCGUGAAACUCGUCCGAUGGCUGUUUGUCUACCACUUUGUCAGCAAACUUGUGAGACCACCUGUAUGCAGACACAACAGAAUGUGAUGCCUUGCCAAUUUUCUGCUGGUGGAGGAUGCAGUUGCAACACUGGUUACAAACAAUGCGGAGGAAUGUGCUGUGUAGCCUGA